GUUUUACACCCUCCCCACAUACUUACAAUCUCUUGUAAGGUUCUCCUCUCAAUCUCUAAAUUAUGGUCCCGGAAAAUGAGAAACCUCGAGUUACUCAGAUUCGAGUUCGAAUAGACUGUAAUGGAUGUGUUCAAAAGAUCAAAAAGGCACUUCAUGGCAUCAAUGGGAUACAAGAUAUCUAUAUCGAUAUCCCUCAACAGAAACUAACAAUAAUUGGAUGGGCGGAACCUGCAAAAAUUGUAAAGGCAAUUAAGAAAACAAGGAAACUAGUUGCAACAAUUUGUUUAGAGACAGAACAAAGCCCAAUGAAUGAACCACAUCCAGGAGAUGGUGCAGAUGCACCACCUCCUGACCCUUCUCCAGCAGAAUCGGUUCCACCUGCCGAACCAGUCGAGCCACCAAAAGAACCAGAAAAUCCACCUCGUGAACCAGCCCAAGAACCUUCUAGAUCAAGUGAAGCCGAAGAGGUUCACGUGGUGCACCAUUAUAAUCCACCAGACCACGGACAGAGAUAUAGUCAUGAUCGAGUGCAUAAUGUGGCUGUUCAACAUUACUCGAGUUCUCCUAGUCCAGUAUACAAACAUGAGCCACCACAGCCGAUCCAGGUGAACCACAGCUAUAACACAUACAAACCUACACCUUAUGUAACCCAUUAUUCAAAUAUCCGUCCACCUCCACAAUACUCACAUUACAAUACUGAUCAACCUGCAGAACCACCACAACAAUCCACACAUUUCAACAGACCAGAACCACCACCUCAACACAUACAUUAUACUAGAGCUGAACCACCACCACAAUCCACACAUUUUAACAGACCAGAAACACCGCCCCAACGACGCACACAUUAUGCUAGACCUGAACCACCACCACCCCCACAAUUCAGCCGACCUGAACUACCAUUACAUCACACACACUACAAGAGGUCCGAGCCACCCCCACUAAAUACACAAUACAAUAAACCUGAACCACCACCACAAUACACACAUUUCAACCAAUCAGAACCACCAUACACACACUACAGCAGAACCGAACCGCCCCAACCAUACUCAAAUUAUAGCCAGCAGCCAGAACCGCCACUACAUUAUACUACUCCCUAUAGUGGCGAGUAUUACAGCAGCAGCAACGGAAGUGGUAAUAUUACCUCUAUUUUCAGUGAUGAAAAUCCAAAUGCAUGUACUAUUGUCUAGCUAGAAGGAUUGAAUUGGUCGAAGGGGACUACAUAUCGUGUGAAAGCCACACGUACUUUUCCUUGUGGCAAACAAAUGCACCGGUGGCGGAUCCAGAAUUUUUUUUACAAAAGGCACUAUGAAUUAAUUUGUUGGUAAUUACUUAUUCUUACAAAAAGAACACAUGUAGAUUCGCAGGGGCAUCCAGUUAGUUUACAUGUCGAUACGUCCAUAUAUAGUCAGAGGUUAACAAUUAAGAAAGUUAACCAAUAUAUAUGUUAAACACUACUCGCAUAAUAUAUAUGGAUUUUGUUGAUUUAAUUAGAUGACAUUAUUGAAUUCGA